CCGUUUCUAGACUUUUCUGGCGGGGUGGUUACAGGUUAUCUCCUCUCCUCUUCGAACGAUUGUGGAAUCAUGUUGAUUAAAACCAGACUGGGUGAUGUCCAAAAAUUUGUCAGAAUAACAGAGCCGAAUCUGAAAGAGUUUUUGGUCGCAGCAUUUGCAAAGUUUGGUGUGCCAGCUCUGACAGAAGAUGUGAAAGUUUUUGACACUUCGGGAACUGAGUUGGAUGAUGAUGUAUUUGAGGAUGUAGUUAAGGAUCCCUCAACUGGAGUGCUAACCAUCAAACUUGACACUGAAUCUGUUUCUAUGGUGUCUCCUGAGCAAUCGGAACCAUCAUCCCUCAAUUCGUCUGAUUCUCAAGACACAAUCAUCCUUUCAGAGAGUCCUUCCAGUAAACGGCAGAGGCUGGACACAGAAGCCAAACAUUUGGUAGAAACCAUUUUGACCAAGAAGCCAGGUGGGGAAAGCAUUAUAAAUGAAUAUAAUCGAAACAAGUCCUUGACAGAUGAAACCAGAAGGAAAAUGGUGAACAUACUAGCGGCUGACAUAACAGAGAAGAAUGGUACAUCACCACCCAGACAGGUAAAAGAAAUGUAUGCCAGAGGUAUUGUGAGCUUGUUUCCCCACCUCAGUGAUCCAUUCUCUAGGACUGGCUCUGAGCAUUAUUAUGAUGGUGAAAGUGGGUCUGGGUACCUGGCCUGGAGAAUUAAAACUAUUCAGAGAUCUGCUGCCAAAGAACGUCGAUCAUCAAGUUUUUUUUCUUAUCUUUAUACGAUUAUCUUGUUUUUUGUAUAUGUAGCAUCAUCUGCAGGAGCAUCUCAUGAAGAUGGACCUGGAGGACCAGCUGCCAGACGAGAGCCCCAGUUUGUCCCAGAGAUUGUCCUGAGUGAAGAUGAGUGUAAGGAAGCUGUGGCAUUGAUGAAACAUUCAGCUGAUGAGGACACCAUCAAGAAAAAGAUGAAGCUGACAUUUGACUUCCGCCGCAACAUGGUCCUCGACCCACAGCAGUCAAGCAACAUACUGUCUGUCUUUCCACGUUUCAAGGAUGUCAAAGGCUUGGUGGAACAGGAUUUUGUUCUGAUGUUUGGGGAAGAUGUCUCGGGGAAGUUUCUGGAGAAAUGGACAACCGCAUUCAAGAAAAAGAUCAUCCAACAAUGCAGAAAGCUUCCAUCGACCAGAGAGCUUGAAGAUCUCCUCCUGGCAGCUGACACUCCUGAGGAUGGCACUGAAGUGGAUGACGACAUUGGUUGGGACAGUGACCUCGCAUCAAUUUUGCUGCUGUUACACCUGAUUCCCCCCUCUGCCCAAGGCCGCAAGAGACCAGGAAAGGUGUCUGCUUCCCAAGCAGAGAAGCAUCUGUUAGUCUUCAAGAAGUCAGGAACCAGUAUCCAAGAACAUCUGGAUUCUAUCACAACAAGCACACAGCCCUACCUCCUAGCUAUAGGACGAACAGAACCCCGGGGCGUCGGCUUCGCCUUCGGCCCCGCGGCAGACCCCCGGAGCGUCAUCUUCACCGCCGACCCCAUGGCAGACCCCCAGAGUGUCAGCUUCGCCUCCGACCCCGCAGCCGGCCACCUAAGACUCUGCUCCGUUACCGGAUCCUCGGCCGCCUCCAGAACCUCUGCCAUGCCUCCGGCCGGGCGGUGGUCCCCCUAA